AGCGCAGGCUGGAGCUCGGUGUGGGCCUACUUCAGAUGGAUGUGGAGCCUGAAGGUCGGAGUGCUGGGUGUGUGUGUAUGUGUGUGUGUGUGUGUAUGUAUGUGUGUGUGUGUGUUUGUGUGUGCGUGUGUGUGUGUCAGAUACACUGAAGGCUACUGAGGCGGCAUCAGUUUGAGCAAGGCAUUUUUCUCUUUACCCCGACAAACCUUCAGGGGGCUUUUAGCAUUUGUUCAGUCUGCAGUCUCUGGAAAACAUCUGAUUCAUUUUUUAACCAGUCCCAGAUGCGGCAGUGUGAGAGUGUGUGUGCAUGAGCGCGUCAGUGUGUUUGUCAGUGCAUGAGAAUUUGAGGAGAAUAUCUGCUGUCUAGAGAAGGGGAGGGAAAGAAGAACCGUGUGGAUUUUUUUUAAUAUAACUUUUUAAGUAUGAACGCAGAUACGUGCGUCUCAUACUGCGAUAUGACAUCGAUGGAUUCAUAUUAUAGCACGUCUACUGCUCAAGGUAGGGAUCACCAGGCGAACCCGUUCAGGACUUUCCCGACCACUGAAACCAAAUACAGCGCCACGUUCAUUCCGGGUAAAGGGCAGGCUUACGGAGAGAAGUCCCGGAGUCCUUUCCAGUCGGAGUGCCAGUCAUUGGAUGGCGCUGAGGAGGGCACCUUCAGCAAAUAUCAGCUCUUCAUGCAGAGACCGACCUGCAAAACUCCGCCCGAAGGCAGCAAGCUGCACCCGGACAGCGGACACAACGGGACGCUCAUUCCCUGCUAUGGAAAAGACAACAGCGGCCUGACAGAGUCUGAGUUGCCCUCGAGCGUUGACCCUCCCGGGAUGGAAGGCAGCUACCUGAACCUAAAGGAGCCCGGCGUGAAGGGACCAAGCGAGCGGCCGGGCUCUGACCUUUCCAGCCCUCUGGACAAAAGCGAGGCCGAGAGCAACAAAGGCAAGAAGAGACGCAAUCGCACCACAUUCACCAGCUACCAGCUAGAGGAGCUGGAGAAGGUUUUCCAGAAGACACACUACCCAGAUGUUUAUGCCCGUGAGCAGCUGGCACUGAGGACAGACUUGACGGAGGCUCGUGUACAGGUGUGGUUUCAGAAUCGCAGAGCCAAGUGGAGGAAGAGGGAACGUUUUGGCCAGAUGCAACAGGUCCGGACGCACUUCUCUACCGCUUACGAGCUGCCUCUGCUGACUCGGCCUGAGAACUAUGCACAGAUCCAGAACCCUUCGUGGAUCGGGAGCAGCAGCGGAGCGUCACCAGUGCCGGGCUGCGUUGUGCCUUGUGACUCUGUCCCCUCCUGCAUGCCCCCUCACCCUCACGGUCCUGGAGGCGUCUCUGACUUCCUGGGUGUGCCCAGUCCAGGGAGCAGCCACAUGGGACAGACACAUAUGGGCAGCCUGUUCGGGGGUCCCGGGAUGGGCGGGGGAAUCAAUGGCUAUGAUCUCAAUGUUGAUCCAGACCGCAAGUCCUCCAGCAUAGCUGCGCUGCGUAUGAAGGCCAAGGAACACAGUGCGGCCAUCUCUUGGGCUACAUGAUGUCCCAGCCCAGUUCCAC